AUGGAUUUGUAUCUGAUUGGAUAUUUGAUGUGUGUGUGGUUGUCCAGCUCACGGGUGCUUGGAGGCUAUCCCAUCUGGUGGUCCCUGGCCCUCGGGCAGCAGUACUCGUCUCUGGGUUCCCAGCCCAUCCUGUGCGGCUCUAUCCCCGGCCUGGUGCCCAAGCAGCUGCGUUUCUGUCGCAACUACAUCGAGAUCAUGCCCAGCGUCGCCGAAGGCGUCAAGCUGGGGAUCCAGGAAUGCCAGCACCAGUUCAGGGGCCGCCGAUGGAACUGCACCACCAUCAAGGACAACCUGGCCAUCUUCGGCCCCGUGCUGGAUAAAGCAACCAGAGAGUCAGCGUUCGUCCACGCCAUAGCUUCUGCAGGCGUGGCGUUCGCGGUGACGCGCUCCUGCGCCGAGGGCACGUCCACCAUGUGCGGCUGCGAUUCCCACCACAAGGGACCUCCUGGGGAGGGCUGGAAGUGGGGCGGCUGCAGUGAGGACGCAGAGUUUGGGGUGCUGGUAUCCAGGGAGUUCGCCGACGCCAGAGAGAACCGCCCAGACGCUCGUUCGGCGAUGAACCGACACAACAACGAGGCCGGACGCACGACCAUCCUCGACCACAUGCACCUGCGCUGUAAAUGCCACGGCCUGUCAGGAAGCUGCGAGGUGAAGACGUGCUGGUGGGCGCAGCCGGACUUCCGCAUGCUGGGCGACUACUUGAAGGACAAGUACGACAGCGCCUCGGAGAUGGUGGUGGAGAAGCACCGCGAGUCGCGGGGCUGGGUGGAGACGCUGCGGGUCAAGUACAACUUCUUUAAACACCCCACCGAGCGCGACCUGGUCUACUACGAGGGCUCGCCCAACUUCUGCGAGCCCAACCCGGAGACCGGCUCCUUCGGGACGCGCGACCGAGCCUGCAACGUGUCGUCACACGGCAUCGAGGGCUGCGACCUGCUGUGCUGCGGCCGCGGCCACAACACCCGGACUGAGAAACGCAAAGAGAAGUGCCACUGCAUCUUCCACUGGUGCUGCUACGUCAGCUGCCAGGAGUGCGUGCGUGUCUACGACGUGCACACGUGCAAGUGA